CCCCCGCCCCCCUAGUCAAUUAUGGUUCAGAGCGAUAUUGCCAUUUUUACCCAGGAUAAGAUUGCGAGACACUCACGGCAACCAUGAGCGGCGAAAGCCCGGAGUUCGUAGCGAAAGAGCAGCUGCAACAGCAGCAUCAAGAGGAACCACAACUCAACGAUGACAAUCUCCACGGAAUGUCCCCACCAGAGAACGAUACAACAACAAACCGCCCUCCUCCACAAUCAUCGCUGCCUCCAGCUGCGACGCAUAGGGGAGACACUGGUGAAAAUGAUGGUGUAUUGUAUCCAGAAGUUUUCAUGAAUAGAGCUCUGUACGAUCCUCCUCGCUGGGGUUGGACCGCAUUGGGUGGAAUAGCAGACGUCUUGUCUCCGCAUGAAGUACGUUCUUUUCGUUUUGAAAGAGACCCUUGGUUUGGAUUGAUUGGAUUGGCUCUUCUUGGAUUUAUUCUGAGUUUGAUAAGAGCGGCUUGGCUUCUCGCAUUCUGUAUUUGCUCGGGGAACAUCACUGUAUAAAGCAACGCGAUGAUGAUAAUGUCUUUUGCUCACGAUGGUUUUGCGUUCCCUCUCUGCUGCUCUUUUUGCUCUGUUUAGCGAUCACGGAGGUACAGUACAUGCAUGGCAUACAGAAAGAAAGCCCAGAAACUUAAACGCAUCCGGAAGGCCGCUGGUCCAAAUAUCACACACAGCAACAAUAGCAGUUGUAGUAGCAAUGGCAACGUCAAUAAUUCCAAAUCAGCAGCAGUUUCAACCUCACAGCUGAAAGAUCCCCCGCCUUUUCCGCCGUCAGAACCGGCGCAAGAGUCUUCAUCUACGUCUUUCUCUUCGAUAGCGGUCAAUAAAUUUACAUCCACAACAACUCCUGUAGCACCAAAGACUUCUCAAUCUUCAACUUCGGCGAAGGCGGCAUUGGUCGAAGCGAUAGGAGAACCUUCCCAUGAGGAAUGUAAGAAAGAGCACAAUUCAAUACAGUCGAAACCCCAAUCCAUUGCAACGACAGUGAUCACAACGGCAGUCGCAGCAACAUCAUCAGAAACAACAAARAUUGAAGAAGAAACUGCUAAUAAUGCGGUUGCAAAGAGAGAAGAACCACAUGCAUAUGCUGCCGGGACGAAAAACGAAAACAAAAAACAACAAUCUCUUGCGUCGUCCGAUCACAAAAAAGMCCUGCCGCGACAACAACCAAGAAUAGAUGCAGGGAUUCAGACUGUGGGGGUACCGACAAACAUAUUGGGGAUUGAAAUUCAGCGACAACAACAAAAUCCACUGCAGCAACAAGGCGUCUCGUCAGAGGGAAAUAACGAAGAUGCCACUAAUGACGCGGCUGUCACCGUCAACAAUACCCGACAGAGGAGAAGGUGUGGCAGGCCUCCGAAAGCAUCUAGGCGAUCGGGAGCCGGUAACGUUCACAAAAACAAAAUAUCCAAAUACAAGUGYCAGGUCCAGUCACUUGGGACAAUAUCGACACGAACUGAUGAUGACAAUGUCGAGGGUGUUCAUUCUGGUGAUAACGAAAUCAGCGGAACGGGUAUUGUUUUGGACAUGUUUGCAUAUCAUCAAGGGAGAGAGGGGAUGGAGGCACGAGAUGCCGACACGGGGGAAUUGUUGUUCACUCAACCAGUCACUGAUACCAAUCACGAUUUGGAUGCACCGAAGUCGGUUCUAACCAUAAGGAUAGAGUUUCCAUUGGAAGACGAGGAGGAUUCCGACGACGAGUGCAGCAGUAACAACAAAAACAACAGCAACAGCAACAAUGUUGCUACCAGCCACGACAACAAGGAGACAGACGGUAGGGAAGAUACCAUGAAAUCUCGGAAGAAGUUUGCGACCGAAGGUAAAGCAGGCUCACUUAGCAGCGCUCAAAUAAAAACAUCGAAUAUCGAAUCAGAGGUAACAGCGACGAUAAAGAAGAAAAAAACGAUCUACCAAGAAGAUGUAACAUGGGAUUUAUCUGACGCAAACACGCCAACGCCGCUUGCGUUCGCUAUAUCGAUCGGCAACAAUUUCGGUCUUUCCUUUGGACAAACAAUGGAUCUUGCGUCAACAAUAGACAGACAGAUCGAAAAACACGUUGCCGAAAACACUCAGUUUCGAGAACCAAUUGCUGUUAAGGCCAACAAAGAGUCCACUUUGAAAAUACGUAAACUUGGUCCAAUAAUUCAACCCUACCGAUACGAUCAAAUUGUCCGUUCGGGAAAACAAGGUGGUACUUUCAAACCGAAGAAGGAUAAUAAGUUACAUGCAAAAUCUCGUUCGUCUCUUGCUACCGGCGUGUGGCAUAGACAGAACCGUAAUAGUGGUAGUUUGGCAACGGGUGAAACGGCUUUGAGUUCUGUAAAAGCGGGAAGGCGACGUGAUAGUGGCCACACCUCAAGUAAAAAUAGAAGAUCCCAUCCACCUGCCCUGAAGGAGUCAGGGAAGGAGAAUAGUAUAUUGAAUGAAGAACUCAAUCAGGAAGUUCUCGACGAGGUAAAACGACGAGCGAACCUGGAAGCGGAAUCUGCUGUUAGAAGUAACUGCACCAGCGGUAAUAUUGGGUUGUUGGCAACAUUGAGCAAUGUGAAUUGUCAUAUCUGCAAAUCACGAAAGAACUGCGGGUUUCAAUUCCAAUGUUUGAUAAAGAAUCAUGUGUAUUGUUUGUCUCAUUUGCAGGUGAGUGAGAAAUGUGUUUCACAAAAUGAUCACUUCCUUUCAUUGAUUUUCGCGCGUAUUUUCUGCGCGACGGCUUCAAAAUCGUAUCUUUUUUCACAAAAUGUUACCUCUUGUUUCUAUCCGUUUUCGUCAAAUAAUUACGGUAUGAUGGUACGAAAUUGGUAUCUUCAGAAAAGAUUGGGUGUCACAAGCGAAUCCGGGUGUUUCGUUUACAACAGUUGCCCCAUUUGUAGUUUGACUUGCGAAUGCGCGAGAUGCGUAAGAAAGUUAAACACUGUAGCAACAGUGUUCAAAGCAAGAUGCAUAGAGACGGGGAAGAAGAUUUCGCAAGUUGAUUUCCCAAACCUGUUGUCUCACUCUCGAAAUGCGAUACCACAAAAAGAAUUGGAUAAUGCUAUCGACAUCAUUUUGAAUAGUAGAAGAGAAGAUAUUCGAACUCAGAAGGGUGUAACUCGGAGUGGGCAAGAACAUGAAGCARAAGAAACAAGUGUUCAGAGAUCAUCACAUGGCAAGCAAACACGUACAAUUCAGCUUGUUGACCAAGUCAUGGUACCGAGGCCACCAUUGUCCGAUUUUCCCGCAGAAGUUCAGACGAACGGUUUUGAAAUCGACGAAUCUGCGAAUGCUUAUUUCAUAGUGUACUCUGCGAAGGGCCGGCGACCUGUUACUACCAUACCUGAUGCAUGGCUAGACGAAGAAAACGGCGCAACUUUAGGACCUAGACAAGUUCAACCAUUGAAAAACAAAAACACUGCAGAGGUCCAAGAGGAUGGAAACGUUGACUACUGUCAUAUCUGCAAAAAUGCCGGACAUCUUAUCCUCUGUGACUUCUGUCCACGCGCCUUUCACGCAAAUUGCUUGGAAAGCCAUAAUAAAUCAAGUCCUGACAAAGACCACUGGGAGUGCUUUGUUUGUAAACAGGAAAAGACUGAGUCUGAUGACGACUUUGUUGAUGGGAGACUGUCGAUGGAUCUCAUAAAUGGGGCAUUUUUGAAUUUGGAUGUAACCAAUGAACGCUCUUUGGUCGGUUUGGAAGUCCUUAGUGUUAUCCACCAAAUGCUUCAAAGCUUAAUCAACUAUGAUUUUGGUAAUAUAUUUGGCCAACCGGUCUCUUCAGAAGUACUUGGGUACAAAGAAAUAGUAAAACGGCCAAUGGAUAUAGGUACGAUAUGUUCCAAGUUAGUCAAUGGAGACUACGCGAGGCUCCUGGGUGAAUCCUUUUCGAUGGAUGAUCUUGUGACGAGAGUGUUGAAUGACAUCGAGUUGAUUUGGCGUAAUUGCAUCAUGUUCAAUGUAAUUGGAAGCUCUGUUGCUCGAAUGGCCGUUGUUCUCCGCAGACGUGUCAGAAUGAUUUGCAAACGGAGCAUUUUCGGAAAAUUGACUGAAGAAGUCAAAAACAAUGUAGAAAAUUACCGUAAAAAGUUUGACAGUGAUUGGGCACGUGCUUCAUCUGAAAAAUGGAUGGACAAUGCUAUAAAAUAUCACAAACCAAGAUCCAAACUGAAGGUUAAGACAACAGCUUCUGGAAAACACAAGAAGGUUGCAGUUCUAGAUUCUGUGACUGGCCGGGUCGUGAAUAUGUACACAUCAAUCAAAACGGCUUCUAAGGCCGUUGAGAUCAUGUUGAAAUGUGGACAUCGUUGCGAAUGGAAUGCUGAUGCUCAAAAGCCGUCACUCAACCUAAAAUCUAUUAUGCAGAGAAGUAAAGACAAUCCCAACAUGCUUUUGUUUGGUUAUCGUUGGCUCUUCUUGGAUGAUUUAGACGAAGGAAGAAUAACGUUUACAAAUCCUGUUUGUGAUAUCAUCGAGAUGCAACUUAAUCAGUCCACGUCUGUCUUUCAAUCCGUUGAAGAAGCACUGUCUUCAUCACAAUUGCCAACGAUCUCGGACAUAUACGAGCUGAGGAAAAAAUUGACCAUUCUCGAUCGAAGUAGUGUCUGGACAGAAAUCAGCGGAGUGCGAUGGCGCAGACCUGUCUUACAGAAUGCAGAUGAAGACAAAUCUAUCAAGUCGGCCGAACCACAACUGAUAUUAGGGCCCGUCUCGGGCACAUUUAUCGAGGAAUUACAGUUCUCAAGGAAUUGCACUGUUUUAAAGCAAGAUCUAAUCACAGACAAAAAUUUGGUUGGUUUUGAUUCCAUUCAGCUUGCCCACCAAGAUUGGGUCCAAACUGCAAUCUGUUCUCCAAGUUUCCCUCAGAGUGAAGAUAUCACAAUUGAAAAUUUCAAGAGUCAUUAUUUAAAUGGAGAUCGAAACAUCGACGGUAUAAUUUGGCAAUCAGUAGAUGACAGAAGUCGCACGAAAAAUGCGGAACAAAAAGAAGUAGCUAACCUAGAAAACACGUGCGAUGGUAUGGAAAAUCAAGGUCGGGGAGACAACCAGAAUACUGUACCUAGUUCAACUAACGAACAAGACAAUAACCUUCCACCAAGGAUACAAGAAUCAGUAAAAGAUUCAUAUGCUGCCAUUGCCACGACUGUUGAUGAUGAUCAACAAGUUCCGUUGGAAGAUACAAGGAUUUGUCGAAAGAGAAAAUGCAUGGAAGACGAUAAGAGUGUAGACUUUCCUCCGGGUAAGGAAACUCGCUUUGCUGUUGUAACUGUUGAGUGAUAGAUGCGAUACGCAUUUUAGUACGAUAUACAAGUUUCUUUCUUUCGCCUUGACACCGAGAUCAAUAGUAUUGAAAAGCAUGGUCAAUGAUAUGAUUCACUAGCCUGAGAGACUUUUUUCUUCAAGAAACUAACGCAAACCUUAAAAAAGAGCAGUAGAGUAUCUCCUGACGUAGUAGCCGCAUUUCUCCAUCUUGUCUCUGUCGUUUGUUAUAAAACCAGAAUAAGAGC